CCCGCCCACCUGACAGUAGCUCGUUUGCGCAGCACGCGCGCAGGUGAACGUUGGCUCUUCGCCAUAUGCACCGGAAAGACAGCGCCGGUGAUUAUUAUUAUUGUUGUUAUUAUUAUUAUUUUAAAAUGGACGCUAGAAAGAGCGAUGUUUAGACACGUGUUAAGGUAAACAUUUUAUCAUCAUUAUUAGUGUCUGUGUGACGAGCGGAGGAGAGAGAAACCGGGGAGGAACCGGGAAGGAAACCGGGGAGGAACUGUGGAGGAACCGGGAAGGAAACCGGACAGAAACCGGGGAGGAACCGGGGGAGAGAAACCGGGGGAGAGGAACCGGGGGAGAGAAACCGGUGUAAAAUGGCAGCUCGGGGUUGACUUUUCGCACGCGGAUGAUACCUGAGGCAACAACACCUGGGAACUUUUCACAGAGACGCCUGAGGAUUGAAUCGUCUGAAGGCCAUGGCGAACGACGACCGCGUGGCCAUCCUGGAAGACGACGAGGAGGAGCUGAAAAGGAAUGAAGCUAUUUCUGACGACUUUAACCGCCUCCACUUGGAGGUCCAUGAGGGUGACCCCACCUCUCUACCUCCGCCUGAAUCCGGUGACCCCGACCUGGAAAAACCACCCAUUCCCUUCUUGGAACACCAGCUGGGCUGCUGUGAGCGCAUGUUCCUCCGGAUCAACCGCUACCUUCUGGUCUCCAAAGUGUUCUACUUCUUCUUCUACGCUGCCUACGGCUCGCUGCACCCUUUGCUAGGUGUGUUCUACAAGCAGCUGGGGAUGAACCCUUUCCAGUCUGGCUUGGUGGUGGGGAUCCGUUACUUUAUUGAGUUCUGCAGCGCCCCCUUUUGGGGCGUUGUGGCCGACCGGUACAAGAAGGGCAAAGCUGUGCUGCUGUUUUCCGUUUUCUGCUGGUUGGUGUUUAACUGCGGGAUCGGGUUCGUGAAACCAGCUUCAAUGAGCUGCAGGUUGGAGAACGAGAUCACAACUACGACUUUGGCUACAACUGUAGCUACCACUAAUGGGACAUUAGCACCAACGGUAGUUUUCACCAAUGCCAGUUUUAGCUUAAAUAUGGCACCCACCAAUGGGACUGUAGCUCCAACAACAGCGUCCACCAAUGGGAUUACAGCUUCAUCUGUAGCUUCACCCAAUGGGACUGGAGCAGCCAUUUUACCUAAUCCAUCAGCUAAUAACACUAGGCAGCGCAGAGACCUGAUUGGACAUUUCUCCAGUUUAUCCCUGCUGUCACCCAAUCAGCAACCAGGUUUCAGUUCACAGCACAGAUUCCAGCGAGACACUAAUGUUAGCGUUAGCAUGGCUUCAGGUGUCCAGACCACUACUGCAGGACCUGAGCAGACCUUUACCACACACAACCAACCCACAGCCUCCAGUAACAUGACCUCUACCUCCACACCUCCAAACCCCAGCACCACCACACCACCACCCAAAUAUACUAUCGACUACAACCCCGACCAAGUGGAGGCCAUCUUCCUCCUCAUCCUGCUGGUCGUCAUCAUCGGCGAGUUCUUCAGCGCACCUGCAGUGACCAUCGUAGACACGAUGACCCUUCAGUACCUGGGUACACACCGUGACCGCUACGGGCUGCAGAGGAUGUGGGGUUCUCUAGGUUGGGGGUUGGCCAUGCUCUCCGUGGGCAUCUGGAUCGACCACACCCACGUCUUCUACCCCAUCGACGGCGAUGCCGACUGCCCCCUGCCCAACUACAAGAACUACCAGAUCGCCUUCAUCGUCUUCGGCGUGCUCAUGGCGAUUGCGCUAACUGUCGCCACGCAGUUCAAGUUCGAGGCGCGGCGUUCCGAGGAGCAGGCAGGGAGCGAGACCGAGCGGGACUCCUCAGGCGGGACGGACAGCGCAGCUCCCCCCGGGGGUCAGGAGUUUCGCUACAUGGAGCUGUUGCGGCUUCUGUGUGGCGUGCGCUACAGCACCGUGCUGUUCGUCGCCUGGUUCAUGGGCUUCGGCUACGGCUUCGUCUUCACCUUCCUCUACUGGCACCUGCAGGACCUGAACGGCACGCCCACGCUGUUCGGAGUGUGUUCCAUCCUGAGCCACGUGUCCGAGCUCGCCGCCUACUUCACCAGCCACAAACUGAUCGAGCUGGUGGGUCAUAUAAGGGUGCUGUAUAUCGGCCUGGCGUGUAACACAGCUCGCUAUCUUUACAUCUCGUACCUGAACAACGCCUGGACCGUGCUGCCUAUGGAGGUGCUGCAGGGCGUGACCCACGCUGCAGUAUGGGCGGCGUGUAUCUCGUACCUCAGCGCCGCCGUACCCCCCGCGCUCCGCACCUCGGCUCAGGGAAUCCUACAGGGUCUCCACCUCGGCCUGGGCAGGGGCUGCGGCGCCAUGCUGGGGGGCAUCCUGGCCAACUCCUUUGGCCCUGCUAAGACGUUCAGGGGGAUUGGAAUGACCUCACUCGUUAUCCUCCUGCUCUUCGCCUUCAUCCAGAGUGUCACUGAGAAGGACAAGGACGAGGAGGAUAAGAUGCUGGCCGAGAACAUCCCCGUCCCCUCCAGCCCGGUUCCCAUAGCAACCAUAGACCUGAUGCCGAACUCGGAGGUCGUGACCUCGAGCGUCCACCAGGAGCCUAAACGUCCGGCCUGGAAAACACGGCACCAGGAGGAGCAGGAGGACGGCGCCAAACCCGCCUGGGCUCACAGCGUGUCGCCGUGGGUCACCAUCGCCUUCGCCAUCUUCCAGAUCAAAGAGCUGAUCGUCAUGAGGAAGAUACACACACACACUGAGGUCCAGCCUCUACAGGACCCAGAUAAUUGCCCUCCAAGCUCACAGGAUGAGAAUUCCCCUCCCGGGUCUCGUGGGAGCGCAGCGCAGGCCGAAGGUUCUCCCAGCAGAACACACGCCCUGCCAGACAGGAAGUUGUCUCUAGAGGCCUCCACAUGAGCAAAGCUCUCUCUCUCACACACACGCACACACGCACACACACACACGCACACACACACACACAUGCGCACACUUUAGCUCCACACUGACCAUGAAGGACUCUUUUUUUAUAGCAUUUAUUUUUAAAAUAGAGAGUGUUUAGUGUGACACACCGUGUAGAGCUGCACUCUGAGCUCUAGGCGUCUGCCGAUAAUCACUCACACAAACGUAUUCAGAAAAGGUCUCGUCAGUCCAGACCGCCAUUUUAUCAUGAUAAUAUCAUAAACCAUGAUAAAAGAAUAAGCUGUUAUUGUGAUAUGAAAGUCAAUACUGACACAUUUCUGGAGUGUUCUGUGUUUGUGUGUGGUUGUAAGUUAUUUUCUGUAUUUCUGUAGUUUUUAAUGUCACUUAAAGACUGAUGUCUCUAAUUA